GGGAUCAAUGAGUGAAUAAGAGUGCAGUCUGUGUCUUCAAUGCCUAGAAGAAAAAUAGUUUGUUCAGGAAAACGUGCCUCACAUAUGGAUCGCUGGGUGAAUAGAGUGGCCGUUGUGACAGGCGCGAGUUCGGGAAUUGGCGCGGAGAUUUCCAAGGACUUGACCAAAGCGGGAAUGGUUGUGGUCGGCUUGGCCAGGAGAGUGGACAGACUCGAUGAGCUGCGAAGUGGCAUGCCGGAGCAGCAGAGAAUCAAUUUCCACGGGAUAAAGUGCGACGUGAUGGAUGAGGAGGAAGUGACGAAGACAUUUUUGUUCAUAGAGGAGAAAUUUGGCGGGAUUGAUGUACUUGUGAACAACGCUGGUGUUUAUGAUCCCUCAAUGAAACUCUUCCAGGAGGGAAAUCAUUCGAAAAUCAGUGAGACGAUAAACACAAACAUCACAGGAUUCAUUUCCUGCACGCGUGAGGCUUUCAAGUCCAUGAAAAAGCGUUCAUUUCCCGGUCAUAUCAUCAAUAUGAACAGCAUCUCGGGUCACAACGUUCCCAACUUGCCCACGGAUUAUUACUUCAAUGUUUACGCGGCCACGAAGCACGCCAUCACGGCAUUGACAGAGACAGAGAGGCAAGAGUUCGCCAAGGAGCGACUGGGUAUCAAAGUGUCCAGCAUCAGUCCAGGAAUAGUUCAGACGGAACUAUCGCCACACUUUAGCAAGGAGGCGCUGGGAAAUUUUCCUCAUCUCUUCCCUCAAGACGUCUCACGAGCUGUUCUCUACGUUCUCGGCACUCCGCCGCACGUUCAGAUCCAGGAAAUAACAAUUAAACCCAUCAGAGUGAAUUCUUAAUUGUUUAGCUUUAAAGAUUGUUGAAUAAAACGUGAGUUCUUUCUAAA